AUGGAAGGACCAACACCCGAACCUGUCUUUGUCGACGUGGACAAAGGACUAACGCUAGCAUGCUUCGUCUUCCUUUGCCUCUUCCUGAUCGUCAUGAUUAUCCGCUGCGCGAAAGUCAUCAUGGACCCUUACAGCGCCAUCCCAACGUCUACGUGGGAGGAACAGCACCUGGAUGACUGA